AUGGAGAUGAGGAUGAUGAGAAAAGAUGAUGAGAUGAACAUGAUCAAAGUGAAGAAGCAUCAUCAUAUUCAUCAUCCCCACCAAAAAUCCCAAACCCUACCGCCCUCCCCAACCCACUCUUUCUCUUCCUCCUCCUCUUCAGAUUUCGAGUUCACAAUCUCUCUCUCUCCUCGCAAAUCCUCCAACACCCUCUGCCCCGCCGACGAGCUCUUCUACAAAGGCCAGCUCCUCCCCCUCCACCUCUCCCCCCGCCUCUCCAUGGUCCGCACCCUCCACCUGCCCUCCUCCGCGUCAUCGUCUUACAACUGCUCAUCCUCCGAAACCACCACCUCACGUGACUCCACCGCCAGCAGCUCCAAUGAGUCACGUGACUCCACCUCCUCCUUCGCCAGCGACCUCGGCCUCCUAGCCGACCAGUCCUGCGGCUCCUCUCGCCCCAGCUCAGUCGCCGAAGACACCAACGACGAGUCUUACAAGCGCUUCGGCAGCAGCAAGUACGCAGUGCAGCACACCGCCAGCAACAACGAUGCCGUUUCGAGGAAGAAGUACUUCUCCUUGUCGAGAUUCUCGUCCGUGUUCAAGAAGGAGCCGAAAGUACAGAAAGACAACAAUGUUCCAGAUCACCAGCAGCAAAACAACAACAACAUGGUGGGGCCCGGAUCCAAUAAUGCAUCAUCAGCGAAGCCGAAACGUAUGAGUUUGACUGCCAAGGAGGUUUUUAGCAAAUACUUGAAGAAGGUGAAGCCCUUGUAUGAAAAACUCUCCCAAAAACAGCAACAGAAAAUGGGAGGAGUAGGAGGAGGAGGAGGAGGCGGCUUAAGCAUCAUCACGACCACAAAAACCUCAGCAGAAAAAUGCGCCACGAGAAAUAAUAAAGAUUGUGGUGGCAGCAGUCAUGGCUUAGUUUCUCAGUCCUUCUCGGGUAACCUGAGGUAUCCGAGAAGGAGGGGCAGCGUUUCGAGCUGCCCUUCUUCCAUGAGGUGCUCCCCAAGCCACUCAGGCGUUCUCUCCCGUACUACCGGGUUAACGGGUUCAGGCUCGAGUUUGUGUACGAGUGGUGGCAACAGUUCAGCGUCUUCGAUGGAGGAGCUUCAGAGCGCAAUUCAAGGUGCAAUUGCUCAUUGCAAGAACUCCUUGGUGGUUCAGAGCAAGAGUGCUGCUACGUGCCAUGGUCAGUGA